AAGUAAUUCUUGUUGGUGUGGAAAUUUGUGUGUGUGUGUGUGUGUGUGUGGGUGGGUGGGUGGGUGUGAUCUGCCACCGGCAGGAGCUAGCCAUCCACGAAGGAGCUGAGGUGUCUUAAUGAUGGAUAAAAAGCGCAAGGCAGGAGCACGUGGUCCUGGUGUUCAAGAGGAGGUCGCCCUUAACAGUGUAGGCGAUGUUCCAAAGCGAGGAGGAAAGAAGGGAGGACUCGCAUCUUCCCUUCCCGGGCCCGAUCCUCAAAUGCCGAAGGAGAAAGUAAAGAGUGGUGGCAAGGUAGGAAACAUGGCAUCUGGCAAGUUGGCUCGGGCAGCUCAUCAGGGUAUGGUACCCAGAUCUGCUAGUGUGACCCCAACACCGUCCUCGUUGACAGAUCAUGGUCAGCAGCCAGCACUAGUGUCACCUGUUGCAACGGCACCGAAUGCACCUCUGGGACUGAAAGCCGGCGGACGGGAUGGAGGUGGGAAAGGAGGGAUGAAUCCUCGGGAUGGAGGGCGUGGAGAUGAUGCAAGGUGGCACAGUCAGAGGCGGACAGGAGGCACAAAGGAUGGAGCGAACGCUGGGAGGAUGAGGAAAAGUCUUCCUGACGGGUUGUGUCAAAAUGGGUAUGUACGGGAAGGAAGUGAUCCCGGCGUACCUGAUAAGAACGCCAGCAAGGGGUCGGGUGAUCGAGACCCAGCCGGGGCAAGAGAAGGUUUGUGGCCUCCUCGAGACGUCAGACUUCCACAGGAGGAUGGUGAUGAUUUAGUGUUUCAGGAAAGGAGUGGAGGACACACGAGGGAGAUGGCGUCAACCGGGUACCGGAAGGGGUACGGAAGGGUGGGUGAGGCUGAGACCGCGGUAAAGAUGAUGAAUGGAGGGGCGGCUUCCAACUCCGCGCCGAGAACGAAGUUGCAGAAUGGACGACAUGGCAGUGCCCGUAAUGUGAAUGCUGGUGCACAUGGAGUUGUGUAUGGUGAUGGAAGCGGCGGCAGAGCAGAGGCGAGGGAACGAUAUCUUGCUGAUCAAGGGACUAUGUGUGAUGGUGGGGGAAAGCAGCAGUUGGGGAUUGGGCAAAGAGUGGGAAAAGGCGUGAAUAUGCCCAAUGUAGGUGAGGCGGCAAGGGAGGAACCAAAAAUGGCGGAAGAGAUGGGAAAGGAUGGAGAGGCAAGUAGCGAGGAAAGGUAUAAGGACGAGUCGGCGUCGGCAGGUGGGCUGGAAGACGAAGGGGAGGAGGAUGAGGGUGGAGAGGACUUGGAGGAGGAGCAGACGGAGGACGAGAGGUUGGUGGAGGAGCGUGCUGGAAGUGAAAAUGAAACUCUGGAGAGCGUGCCGAAGCGGAGGCGACAAGACGGGGAAGAGCGCGAUAUGGGAGAUGGAAACCAACCUGCUGAGGCCAAUGGCUAUGCUGGUGAGGAGGAACGAGAGUGCGAGGGCACAGUAGAUCCGGAGAGCGAGCGGCGGCAGAAGAAGGUUCUCCGGAGGUGGCAAUUGCAUGGGUACCGUGCAGUCCUGGGCGCAUUCCACUCCACGGGUCCAACUAUCACAUGGCACCAGGAGUACUUGUUGACGGAGCUUCGGUGCGAGUUGGCGAUAACGAAUGAAACUCACUCCCGGGAGCUCAGGAGGCUCAACGUAGGGGGUCUGCUUGAUCGGGCCCCUGAGCAGAUCAGAGAUAGGGAAAGAGAGAGGGCAGAGGAUGGAGCUGGGUGUGGGCGGAACGGGGUUCAUAAGGUUGAUCCCGCGGCCGAACCGUCUGCUUCAGAUCAUGCGGUUGAGCAGUCGGGAAGUCAAGAGAGUGAGAGGAGUGGCGAAUGAUGCAACCGACUCUCUUUCUUGGUGACAAUUGCAAGGUGUUGCGUGCUUGUCUCAGCGUCCGAUCGGCACACUGUUGCAUCAUGGAGGAGGUGUCCCUGCUCUGUCUAUCUGUAGCGAACGAGUGGAGGGUUGUCUGACGCUGUUUAUCUGUAGCGAACGAGUGAAGGGUGGCCUGACUGUCUUUGUACACAUGUGCGCUUGGGUGUGCAGAUGUUUCCGUGGCACAGCCACUCCCAAGGACGAAGAGCAAUCGGAGAAGAAUGUGGCGAAAAGAUGUGGUGUUGAAUCAGUUGUGCGUUUUUGGCAGGCAGGAAGGACGGACAGGGAGUCGAGGAUUGGAGCAGCAGAAAUAGGACGGGGAGCGGAGGGCAGAGUCGGCCUUUACGUGUCCAGCUAGUGAGUGCGUUUACAAACAACACAGUGCAUAUCUGCUGUGGCAGGAGUGAAUCUGGACGGGCCUUGUGUCUGGGGUCAUUGUGCCCUCUAUGCUUUCGCCCUUGUGCUUUGUUAUGCGUUGUCUGCUAGGGCGUUCGAUGUUCCACUGUGUGACAACUUUUGUGUUUGGGUCUCGCCCCGCUGCACAGCACUCUGUAUGUAUCUGGCGCUCAUAAUUGUCUCGAUAAAUUCAAAAUGUUGGACUCGUCUGAAUGCACCUGGUUCAGAUAGCGUCCAAAUGCAUGUAGAAUGUUGAGUAUAGGAGCGGGGCCCUUUUUGUUUGCUAAAUGGCCACGCAUAUCAUCUCUUCUGUCUCGAUGGGCUUGACCUGCUCCGAUUGGCAGCCAGGCCAGGGAGUGGUAGAUAACGGGUCUCACUCCACUGCUCUCCACAUGCACAAAAGACGAAAACUAUGGCGGUGUAUCUUUCCAUCUUCUAGCGGAGUAUUCAGUGUCAUUUUGCACAUUUGGAGAGUAAUGGAGCGAGGCCCAACAUGCCAUGGCCAUGUGCAAAGUGAGAGAUGAGAAAGCCCAAAUUCGACAUAAGACAAGGAAGGCACCGUGGAUGUACAGUGUGUGAUGCAGAUGCAGAGCAAGUUUUGAUUUCUAAAUAAUAAAUAUUUUUUAAAUGA